GUAUUCGUUGGAAUGGCACGCAGAGUCUGACAGCUGUUUUGACAUUGACACCGUUGAAGGAACCAUUUCCACUAAUGAAUACCUGGACAGAGAGACAACUGUGCAGUACAAUAUUACUGUGGUUGCAACCAAAGUCAACAACCCUCUGCUGUCUAUCAAAGUGUCAGUGACAGUCAACGUCCUGGAUGUGAACGAGUUCCCUCCUGAGCUGACAGUUCUUUCAGAUACCUUCGUCUGUGAAAACUCCAGAGUCGGACAGGUGAUCCAGAUAGUCAGUGCUGUGGACAAAGACCUUCCUCCUGUCGGCCAGAGGUUCUUCUUCAAGUCCCCCAAAGAGCUUCGCAACAGAAACUUCACUGUUCGAGAUUUUGGAAGUAAGCGAUUGUGGUUAUCAACAGUUGUAUUGUAUUAUGACUACUAUGUUUCAUUAGCUAAAUACUUUAAAAUGGGUAUAAUUGAUAUAUUUAUAUAACCCCAAUUCCAAAAAUGUUGGGAUGCUGUGUAAAAUUAGAAUGCUGUGAUUUGCAAAGGCUCUUUGACCUGUGUUUAAUUGAAUACAGUAAAAGGAAGAUCUAUUUAAUGUUCAAACUGCAGUUUUGAAAGUUAAAUUCUUUUCC